UGUGUCAGACAUUUGCAUACAAUCAGUGAAACAGUGAAUCAGUUUUUGUUGAUUUCAUUGCAAUUAUAAUCGAUUUGUUUGAUAUAAUAACACAUUAUUUGUGACAUUCAUUGAAAUAAAUAUAAAUUUCAUUGAAUUGUGGUUUUGAUUAACACUUUCGUUUUCAGGUAUAUAAAGAUAUCACUAACUAAUGGUAACUCCGAUGAGUGGUCAGAGUAGUGGUGAACCCGAGGCGUGGGCUAAAGCGAGACAAUCGUUGGCAGAAGUGGUGCCUCAGAGGGGACCCGCUGUACCCACUCUCUCGGUUUCGCCUCAGACGCAGAUCUUCUACAACCCGUGGACACAGUCUUCGCCCUAUGGUACUCAAUACGGACGCAAUUACUACAACUUCAACGCCCCUCCCGUCCCCUCCAAUCAGUGGAACAACUCUUUCGUAUCACAACAAUUCUGUCAUCACUUCCCCCUUAGGAUCGAACCAAACCUUGAACUCAAUGAAGGCAACCAACCCUUCACUGAAUCCCAUAAC